CAACAGUGUAUGCAGGCUGGUGGCGUCAGUACCGGGGCGCGCGCUGAUUGGUGCGUUUGGAACGGCUUAACUCCGCCCCUUGCGUUCAAGACAGCGAGGGUCAGACAGGCAGGAGUUGAGUCAGCGCGUGCUCAGGUCUCUUCAGUAGCGCAUCUCAGGUGAACCCAGUGAACGCAGCACACAGAGAGCGGUGCACAUUUAUAUUCAGUCUGACUCGGAAAGGAACGAGAGAGGAAUAAAAUCAGAUCUGCUUAAUAAUAAUAAUAAUAAUAAUAAUAAUAAUAAAAACCACAUUGUUGAUCGUUUUAAAAGGGAAUGCCAUCGAUCGAUAUGAAAGUGGAACUGGUGACGCUCAUCGCGUGCGACGUGGAUUCUGAGGUGUUCACGUCCGACAAAAUGCAGGAGCGUUUCGAGUCACUGUUUCGGAUCUACGACGAGCAAACAUCCUUCCAGAUGUUUAAGAGUUUCCGGAGAGUGCGGAUCAGCUUCAGCACGCCAGAGGCCGCUGCGCGUGCUCGCAUCGAGCUGCACGAGUCUGAAUUCAACGGCUCCAAACUCAAACUUUAUUUCGCACAGGUGCAGAACUCGGGUGAGGAUGUGGAUAAGGCAUAUCUGGCCCCACCCCAACCUGUGAAGCAGUUCCUCAUCUCUCCGCCCUCUUCCCCACCUGUGGGAUGGAGCCAAAGCGAAGAUGCCACCCCCGUCAUCAAUUAUGACCUUCUGUGUGCCGUGGCCAAACUGGGCCCAGGUGAGAAAUAUGAGCUGCACGCAGGUACGGAUUCCACUCCCAGCGUGGUCGUGCACGUCUGCGAGAGCGAGACGGAGGAGGACGACGAGGCCCGGCCCAAGAUGAAAAUCGUCCAGACACGACGUCCCGACAGCCCUCCGAAAGUCUACAACUAAACCUGCCUCUCUGCACGUUUCCUUUGUCUAAAUCUCUUUCUCUCUCUCUCUCUCAUAUGGAGGCAAAGACACCCUUCAUUUCAGCUCUAAUUUAAAAAAAAAAAAAAAAAAACACUUCUAAAAUCGAAAAGAAAUUUAGAGUGGAGAGCGUUUCUCGCUCGCGAUGGGAAAGGACCGAGUUAGUCUUGACUGGAAGAACUGACACAGACACGUCACUGUCUCACAGAAAAGCAAAGUUAGCAUGGAAGGGUGGGGGUGGGGUGGGUUGGAGGGUGGAUGGUUAAGAAACCUCCUGCAAUCAGAGCACUUUUCAUUCACACACUCAUGUAGUCUCAAAAUAGUAUAGCAUUAGAGGAUCAGUAGAUAUCUAAAUGUAUCUAAAUGUAGUAGUAGGUGCUGAAGUAGUGGUUUCAUAUCAGGCUUUAUUUCUAACAUUCAGUAACUGAUCAUGGAGGAGUAACACGAAGGGAAACUACGGUUUUCCUUUUUUGCAGAUUUUGACUCGUCACAUAUCAGGUGAUGUGUAGGGUUUAUACAGUCCACGUGAUCCAGAUGUGUGUGUGUGUUAGUGAUGCAUUAAGGUGCAGAGAGAAAGUGAGAAGUUAAUUGUACACACACCAACUGCUGGUUGUUGUCUUCUGAAAGGGUUGGAAUAUUUUUUUUUUUUUUUUUUACUUAUAAACUUGGAAAUGUUUGUUUACUAAACUAUAUGUGUGUUGUUGUGAUUAAUAUUGUUCUUAACAUGUAUUUGAUACCACAAGCAUUCUUUGCAUGUUAACUGCUAUAGCUGAACACAGAGUGUUUUAUACUGAACGACAGAAAUCAAACGAUCCUGACGUUAGCCUUCAAUACAUAUCCUGCUGCUGCUCGGGAGUCUAGAAGGCUGUAAAGGCAUUACGAUCGGAGCAUUUGUCUGUAUAUCUGUAGUUUAGUUGUUGUUUUAUUUUUGUUUUUGGGGUUUGUUUUUUUUUUUUUAGAGAUAGCAGCUUCCUGCUGUGAAUUACAGAGGAGGAAAUCGUUUAUGCAUUUUAAUUUUCAGUUCUUCGAGUCUAGUCUCAGCACGGUGCUUUCCGUCUGUUUCUGCUCAGCUUGCUUGGUGUUUUUGUGAAAUCAGAGAAUUAAACCCGUUGGGAUUUUGUCAUUUAUAAAGAAAAACGCAUGAACUCUCAACCGAUGAAAGUCGUCACAUGAAAUGCCUUUUAACUUAUGAAAUAAGGUGUCAUGUGAUUAACAUUUUGUGACGUAAAAAAGACCGGUGGAAAAGCAACGUGGAAAAGAAUUCGUUCGGUAUGGGAAAUGUCAUUUUGACUUACAGGUGCAUAGGACACAAUGGCUUGUUUAAAUCCUGUAAGAUAAUCCUACGAAGGGUUCACUUUGCUCAGCAUGUCCUCCAUUUGUGCUCUUGAGGCACACACACGUUUUACACGCCGCAGCCAGUUGCAACAGCAGAACGUACGCUCUUUCAUAUGAUAGUUUCAACAUAAACGGCUGCCAUGAAAAAAUAAUAAUAAUAAAUUAUAAUAAUAAUAAGCCUUACGUUGUACAUCUUAAACUUUCCAUCAACCCCCUAAAAGAUGCAACGUUCAUUAUAAAUAAAAUCCAAACUGGACAAUGUAAAAGAACACUUAUACGUUUUUGUUUUCUUUGCAUUUUAUUAGGAUGAUUUCUUCAUGUAAAUAGUUAUAUCACAUCACUCUUCAUGGACAACUCACGGAAAUAGGUUUCUGUAACAGGGUGUAUUUAAACGUAAAGGAUUAUAAUACAACAAAUUUGCUGGGGGGUUUUUUGUUGUUGUUUUUUUUAAAUAUAAAAUUCUUUUCCUUUGUCAUCAGACUGAGACAUUGGCAAGGUAAUACACACCACGAAAGAUUUUAAAAGGUAACCGUUAAACUAAUACUGUCUGAAAGGCACAUUGGAUUAGUAGACUAGUCAUUAGUUAUUUUUUCAUGGGUAUGAUUUGGUACUAAAAUGCUGUUAAAUGUGUGGCAUUAGAGCCCAAGCAGCAGAACAGAACAAGUGCAUACAGUAAUAAAAUACAAGAGAUGGAUCAAUCGAGUCACGGUGUUGUUGUAAGACACAAUCCAUUUGAUUUUCCUCAUUUAUCUAGGUAUAGUUAUAUUUUACUUGUGCUUGAAGUUGCACCACUAGUUACUGCAUAGCUUUAAUACCUUACCUGUCUGGUGUGGCUGCAAUUCUACACCCAUUGCUUCUACGCGCAAUGUAUGGUUUAGGACUGACUUGCAGUCAAGACUUGCAUUCAGCUGGUGCAGCUGUUGAGAAUUGAGUCCAGAAAUAUUAUUAUUAUUAUUAUUAUUAUUAUUAUUAUUAUGAAAUAAUCAUUGAUCUGUUUGGUUAUUUGCAUGAUUUGGUAAAUAUACGCGGACAGAAUGACUACCAAAACGCUGUUGUGAAUGUAAAUCAACCACAAAGAAAGUAGUAAGAAUAUGAAUACAGAUCAGACGCUCGUAUAUAUUUUGUACAGUGGUGAGAAAAUCUCUAAAUGAGGUUUGAUUCCUGGCGGAAAUAUGUUGAUUGCUUUGUAUAAUACUUUGUCAGUGUUGCUGUAAACAGCUUGGGCACAUGGUUGUCAUUUUUUUCUUUUUGUCUAUUGAGUCCUUUUGUAUGUCCUUUACUGCGUCACUCUUGCUGUCGUUUUUUAACACGACUCUAUGCCUAUUGUCUGGUUGUGCCGCUCUUCCUGUAGUCUUAUGUGCUGUCUAAAUUUACAAGCUUGCUUUGACUUGCUGGGACUGACAGAUGCUCAUUGAUUUCACUAUAAACUGGUCUAAAUAUUUUCAAAAGCCAAGUCAGGUGUUGGUGUUGUUUAGAGUCAUUUUUAUGGAUGAGGGAAACGAAUGCACGGCUUUUACUUUGUCCGUUCGUCCUGUUUGUACCGUUUUGUAAUGACUUAGUCAGCGAAGCAGGCAAGAGGACGAAUGACGAGAUAAAUAAAGAACAGGAUUAAUGUAACCGCCAGAUGAAAGGACACAUCUAACCAAGAUAGUUUGAAAACGACUAGCCAGAUACACAUCCAGGAUAAAUCCGGAGCCUGAGAGAACAAGCGGGAAAAGAGAAGGAAAAUAAACCCUUCUUCCAAAUUGUGUAUAAUAUGAUAUGCGAGAAAAUAAGGACUAUGGAUGCACAGUAAUCUCCACCCCAGGAAUUCAUAUAUUAUUUUAUUUCCUUUAGUUUCUGUUAAUGUCUGGAAUAUUUUGAACCCAGUCAGUGUUCAGGCAACUAAAACAUUUGAGUGACUGGGCAAGCACAGUGGACCUUCCAGGAAAUGGCUAGCUAGUAAAUGUGUAUCAUUUGUCCACCCCUGUGCAUCAGUAUUGUACAAUGCAGUCAACAUGUUUUUGGGAGUAAUCGGACCUCAGACCUUUCCCAUGAAAGAGAGGAAGGUGUCACUUUGAUCGCAGAAUCUUUCAAUGAUGAUGAUGAAGACCACCUUAAAUGUUAAAACGCACAUGAACAAAUUACAUAUUAACCACGUACUCUGUGGGAAGCCGAGGGAAGCGUUUCAACAUGACCACAUGCAAUUUCAAAUGUGUUGUGUAAAAAAGGAUGCUCUUAGCAUGCGAGAUAAUGUUUUAUCCAAUACGAGAAUUCAAACUGGAAAAAAAAAAAAAAAAAAAAAACGUAUCACAUGCACGUAAGGCAGAUCAACUGUGAUUGGUCGCCUGCAUCAGAAGUCUGUGCUUUGGCUGAUCGCUUCAUGUUGUCGUUUUUCUCUGUGUCAAACCAAUGAAGCCGAGCCUUUCCUGAGAAGCCAAACUUUUUCUUUUUUUCUUUUUUUUUUUUUUUAAAGAAAAGUGCAUGUUUAUGUGAAUCGGCUACCUCUGAGGGCUCGUGUCAUGAAAGCACUUUAUCACUGCUGAAGAUGUAUCUUUGAGCUACCAGCCUUUGAGCUGUACAUCAUUUUAAUUUUGUUUGUAGGGUUGUUUUCAGGUAGCCUUGUCACCAGCAGAAUACUGAUUUGAGUGUAUCACACCACUCAGUGUUGCUGUUUUACCUGCUUGUUUUGCCUAGGCAGAGUGAGGACUUUGUGUAUACAGAGAAACAAUGCGGUGUUGUUAAAACGUCUGGGGCGAGUGAGUGUGUGUGUGUGUGUGUGGCGGGCUGUUUGAUGUUUCAAGUGUACAUGUACACCUUAAAAAGAGACAGAGAGAACCAUAACAACAGAGCAUCUGACUUUUCCCGACGUAUCUGAUGCUCCGCAGGUGACUACGCUGAUGACAAUGAUGCUUGUUUUAGUUAGUUAGGUUUUUUUUGUUUUGUUUUGUUUUGUUUGUUUGUUUUGUUGGUUUUUUUUUAAACUUCUUGUGCGGCUUCACAUUUCUGUACUUUAAAAAUUCUACAUGUUGGACUUUGUAAUGUGAUGAACUCCGCAUUUUAGUUAUUUUAUUUUCUGGAAUUGCACAAAAUGUCAAUUCUGUCACUGUUGAAAUAUGAAUAUUGUCUUGUACCGUAGCUAGUACCUAAAGAAGAAAACAAAACGUAGCAUCGAAGCAAUAAUUUCCCUGUUGUUUAUCUGCGUCUCUUCUCCUAUAGGUGUUUCUUUGAUGAAUUGUAUCCCUAACUGUCUAAUUGCUUAUGUUUGUGUAGGUAUUAUUGUCAAUUGUUUCACACAGAUAUAUAUAUAUAUAUAUAAACAAUAAUUCCUAAAACAUUUUUGUUGUUUUUGUUUCUUUAUUUUAUUUGUUUCUUUAUUGUCCUUUUGUGUCUUUAACAUCUUGUCCCUGAACCCUGAACUUGUAAAAAAAAAAAAAAAAAAAAAAAAAAA